GGCCAGGAGCUUUGACUUACACACGGCGGCUGGUGUAAUGAAUGUCGCCCCGGGGGCAAGAAUAAAGCUGGUGAAGCGAUUAUUAUUCGCAAACUGUUUAAUGAAACCGAGCAGACCGCCUCUGCAACUGGACCACCAAAUACAGUUCCCGGCCGGACAGGGAGCGGGUGGACAACUUUUCUGCACACAGGCCCGUUGAGCUGUGCAGCCCAUCUCCAAGAUUGGAGCAGUGUGCAGCAGAAUGGAUGAGGUUGCCGAGCCCGACACUGACUCCAAGCCGGGAUCCCACUCCAUCCACACUCGUCUCCGAAAGCACUUCCAAAAGACCAGACCCUCCCUUGGCUCCAAAAUCGCGCCCGACCAGAAGGGCGACCCCCAGAAAGGGACAGCGGGGAAAGCGAGUUGGAAAAACAAGAGGCAGGUGCUGGACCGCGUCUUCUCGUCCUCGCAACCCAACCUGUGCUGCUCCGGGCCGGGUGUCACCGCGGCGGCGUCCAGGGAGCUGAGGGAUUCCCCGAGUGGACUGAAGCUACUCUCCGAGUCUAAACAGGUGACGCCGGUGAGGCAGAGAGCUCUUUUUGCCAGCGUCUGGUCGGCUGUGACACACCAAAAGCGUCCGGCCCUGGGCACAAACAAAUGCCCGAAGCUGCCCCCGCCCGCUCAACACCAGGAGACGUGCACUCAGUCUCAAGCUGCUGAUACUGGACAUUCAACCUGCCAUCCUAGACCUCCAUUAACUGUUGGAGAGUUCACAAUGCCCAGCUGUGGAGAAACUCUUGGGAGCCAAGUACUUGGAUCAAGUGACGUCGAUCACCUGUCAGCGAGCACAGGAAUGUACCAGCUGAACAUUCUGCUAAAGAGUGGCCACAGGCUCGCAGUUCGAGAUCGGGGAGGAACAAGUGAUCCAUAUGUGAAGUUGAAAAUAGGCGGGAGAGAAAUCUUCAGAAGUAGAAUAAUCCACAAGAGCCUCAAUCCAGUUUGGAAUGAAGAUAUUUCUAUUUUGAUGGAAAAUAUUACAGAACCUCUGUACAUUAAGGUGUUUGAUUAUGACUUCGGGUUACACGAUGACUUCAUGGGUUCAGCCUAUCUGGAACUAACCAACUUGGAAUUAAAGAGACCUACUGAAGUAACGUUAAAUCUGAAGGACCCAAGCUGUCCUGUUCAGACUCUAGGAAGUCUGUUAAUGACAGUUACUUUGUUGAGCAGAGAAGAUAAUCCAAAAGAUGCUAGAAUGAUUUUAAGAAGGAAUUGGACAACUACCUGCAAGUUGCAGAAUGCACGUCUUCUGGAGGCCCACAAAAAGGACCAGCUGUGGAGAGGGGUUGCCACUAUCACUCUAAUUGAGGGGAAAGACUUGAGAUCUAUGGAUCCAAAUGGGCUCAGUGACCCAUAUGUAAAGUUUAAAAUGGGCUGUCAGAAAUAUAAGAGUAAGGUCAUUUUAAAAACUCUGAAUCCUCAUUGGAGAGAACAAUUUGAUUUCCUCCUUACAAAUGAAAAGAAUGACAUCAUCGAAAUCACGGUUUGGGACAAAGAUUCUAUUAAAAAGGAUGAUUUCAUAGGCAGGUGUCAAAUUGACUUAUCAGGCCUAAGUGUGGAACAUACACACAGGCUGGACCUUGCCCUCUCAGAAGGUAAAGGUCAUGUAAUACUACUGGUUACACUGACUGCUACAGCUCCACUCAGUGAGUUCAAGCUCAGCACAUUGAACAAUGAUGAACGGCGUAAUAUAAUGGCAAGCUAUUCAUGGGCACGAUCCUUGUUCAAUAUAAGAGAUAUUGGAUUCAUUCAGAUAAAGGUGAUUAAGGCAGAAGGCUUAAUGUCUGCUGAUGUCAUAGGGAGCAGUGACCCAUUUUGUGUGAUUGAACUGAACAAUGACAGACUGCAGACACAUACUAUCCAUCGGAGUCUCAACCCUGUGUGGAAUAAAGUCUUCACCUUCGACAUUAAGGACAUCCAUUCGGUUUUGGACGUGUCAGUUUAUGAUGAAGACAGGGAUCGGAGAGCUGACUUCCUUGGCAAAGUUGCCAUACCUUUACUUGCUAUUCAAAAUGGUGAAGAGAAAGCCUACAUCUUGAAAAACAAGAAUCUGACAGGGGCAUCAAAGGGGGUCAUCUAUCUUGAAAUGGAUGUGGUUUAUAAUGUUGUAAGAGCAAGCAUCCGAACUAUCACCCCCAAAGAAGAGAAAUACAUCGAAGAAGAGCGUAAAAUCUCCAAAGAGCUCCUCCUGCAAAACUACCACCGUGUAAGGCGAUGCAUCAUGGUGCUUGUAAAUACAGGCCGCUACAUUAACAGUUGGUUUGAAUGGGAGUCAACACAGAGGAGUGUCAUUGCCUUCACGGUCUAUCUUGUUGUAGUUUGGAACUUUGAACUCUUUAUGGUCCCACUGAUGCUGCUCAUUUUGAUGAUGUACAACUAUUGGUUAAUUAGAUCAGGAAAGGACAACACUUUGCAUUCAAUGCAAGAGUUAGAAGCGAACUUGAUAGCAUAUGAAGAGGAUGAAGAGGACGGAGCUGACAAGGAAACUGAAAAGAAAACUUUGAUGGAUAAGUUUUUUGCCAUCCAAGAAGUGGGGGUAGCUGUGCAAAAUGGCCUAGAUGAGGUUGCAUCCUUUUAUGAAAGAAUAAAAAACACCUUCAAUUGGACAGUCCCAUUCCUGGGCUGGUUGGCUGUUUUUGUCCUUGCAGUUGCCACAGUAGUCCUUUGUUUUAUUCCUCUCAGAUACAUUCUUCUUGUAUAUGGUGUCCACAAAUUCACAAAGAAACUUCGUAAUCCAUUUCUCAUUGAUAAUAACGAACUGCUCGACUUUCUCUCCAGAGUUCCUUCCGACGUGCAAGUGGUGCACUACCAUGAGAUAUCUCCAGAAUCUAGUCAAGGCCUUUUCGUAUAUAAGAAGAAAGGCAGUAUAGCCAGCAAGACUCCAUAACUACGCAUCUGCUUCCUGAAGAUUUGAAUGGGAUCAGCUGCUGGAGUUUUCCCUUCUUCAUUCAUUUAUUUUGUUUUUAUAAUGAAAUGACGCAUCUGUAAAUGCUGUACAAUAUUGAACUGUAUUUGAAAAUCCUUAUUGUACAAAUCACUUACAUUAAACUUUUUGAAAUUAUGUUCCCAUUGUAUUAAAGCUUCGCAGAAUGUGCCUAAUGCCUGGAUCUUUAUAAAACUAUUAAAAAUAGGUGGUAAAUAUUUACAAACUGUUCCAGUGACAAGUGUCCAUAAUUUAAAAUGAUAUUGGUGCAUUACAAGUUUUGACUGUUUACAAGUGUUAAAAACAAUUCAAUAAUAGACACCAACAAUAAAAUGAUAUAUCAGCAA